AUCAUCUCUGGCUGUUCUAGAAGCAACAUCUUCUAUUAUGAAAAUUUAGGAACUACAUCAGAAAUAAGAGUUCUUCUUACAUAGACUGCAUCACUGGACUACUACAGAACCCAGGACAUUCACAAUGAGCAUUAGUGAAGACGACGUGGAGAAGUUUCUUGAUGGCAACCCUGCUUUUGCCAAGCAAUACUUUGAGAAGAAACUGAAAACAGAGCCUUGUGAUGACAAUGAAAGUGAAAUUCUUUUUGAGUUGAUACAAGAUAUGCAAGAAAGCAUCAACAUGGAGAAAGUUGUUUUCAAGACUUUGAGAAGAAUCAGGUCCCUUAUUCAUGCUGACCGCUGUAGUCUUUUCAUGUACAGGCAAAGAAACGGCACACCUGAACUGGCAACAAGGCUUUUCAACAUUCAAGAGGGAAGCACGCUGGAGGAAUGCCUGGUCUCCCCAGACUGCGAGAUAGUCUACCCACUGGACUUAGGCAUUGUGGGCUAUGUCGCGCAAACCAAGAAAACCAUGAACAUCAAGGAUGUCAGUGAGUGUCCCCAGUUCAGUUCAUUUGUUGAUGAGCUCACCGACUACACUACAAAAAGCAUCCUUGCAACACCCAUCUUGAAUGGCAAAGAUCUAGUUGCUGUCAUUUUGGCUAUUAAUAAGCUGAACGGCCCAUUCUUCACCAACUCUGAUGAAACACUUUUCCUGAAGUACCUGAAUUUUGCUUCCUUAAACCUGAAAAUUUAUCACUUGAGCUAUCUUCACAAUUGUGAGACUCGAAGAGGCCAGGUGCUGCUGUGGUCAGCUAACAAGGUCUUUGAGGAACUGACAGAUAUUGAGAGGCAAUUCCACAAGGCUUUCUACACAGUGAGAGCAUAUCUGAACUGUGACAGGUACUCAGUAGGCCUCCUGGAUAUGACAAAGCAAAAGGAAUUUUUUGAUCUAUGGCCAGUCCUGCUAGGAGAAGUUCCCCCUUACUCAGGACCUCGCACUCCAGAUGGCAGAGAAAUAGUCUUUUACAAAGUCAUUGAUUAUAUAUUACAUGGAAAAGAAGACAUUAAAGUCAUCCCAAAUCCUACCCCAGAUCACUGGGCACUAGUUACUGGACUGCCAACAUACGUGGCUGAAAGUGGGUUUAUUUGCAAUAUUAUGAAUGCUGCUGCAGACGAGAUGUUUAACUUUCAGGAAGGUCCUCUAGAUGAAUCAGGAUGGACUAUCAAAAAUGUUCUCUCCAUGCCAAUAGUCAACAAAAAGGAGGAAAUUGUUGGUGUUGUCACAUUUUUUAACAGAAAAGAUGGGAAACCAUUUGAUGAACAGGAUGAGACCCUGAUGGAGUCCCUGACACAGUUUCUGGGCUGGUCUGUACUCAACACAGAUACAUACGAUAAGAUGAACAAACUGGAGAACCGGAAAGAUAUUGCCCAGGAUAUGGUGCUCUACCACGUGAAGUGUGACAAAGAUGAAAUUCAGGAAAUUCUGCCAACGCGGGAAAGGCUGGGCAAGGAGCCAAGUGAGUGUGAGGAAGAGGAGCUGGCAAGUAUUCUGAAAGAACAACUUCCAGGGCCCACCAAGUUUGAAAUCUAUGAGUUCAGGUUCUCCGAUUUCGAGUGCACUGAGCUGGAGCUGGUGAAGUGUGGCAUUCAGAUGUACUACGAGCUUGGCGUGGUGAAGAAGUUCCAGAUCCCACAGGAGGUUCUGGUGAGGUUUGUGUACUCUGUCAGCAAAGGCUACCGGAAGAUAACAUACCACAACUGGCGCCAUGGCUUUAAUGUUGCGCAGACCAUGUUCACACUUCUCAUGACUGGCAAACUGAAGCGCUACUACACAGACCUUGAAGCCUUUGCAAUGGUAACUGCUGCUCUGUGCCAUGAUAUAGACCACAGAGGAACCAACAACCUCUACCAGAUGAAAUCUCAAAAUCCUUUAGCUAAACUUCAUGGAUCCUCAAUUUUAGAGAGACACCACCUGGAUUUUGGAAAGUUUUUGCUCUCUGAGGAGUCACUGAAUAUAUGCCAGAACCUCAACCGGAGACAGCAUGAGCACAUGAUUCAUCUGAUGGAUAUUGCCAUUAUAGCGACAGAUCUGGCACUGUACUUCAAAAAGAGAACAAUGUUUCAGAAGAUCGUUGACGAGUCUAAGACAUACGACAAUACAACUGCCUGGACCGAAUACCUGUCUCUGGAGACAACAAAGAAAGAGGUUGUCAUGGCCAUGAUGAUGACUGCCUGUGAUUUGUCAGCAAUCACUAAGCCUUGGGAAGUCCAGAGUAAGGUGGCUCUCCUGGUAGCAGCUGAGUUCUGGGAGCAAGGGGACUUAGAAAUAAGUGUCCUUCAGCAGCAGCCCAUUCCCAUGAUGGACAGAAGGAAAGCUGCUGAACUCCCAAAGCUUCAAGUGGGUUUCAUCGACUUUGUGUGCACAUUUGUCUAUAAGGAAUUUUCACGUUUCCAUGAGGAAAUUCAGCCUAUGCUUGAUGGGCUGCUGAACAACAGGAACGAGUGGAAGACCCGCGCUGAUGAGUACGACGCAAAGAUGAAAGCUCUGGAGGAAGAGAAGAAAAAGGAGGAAGAGAAGAAGGCUGCGCAGAAAGAUGGAAUAACCUGCAACGGAGGAACAGCUCCAACUUCAAAAACCUGUAGUAUACUUUAGACCUGUUUCCAAUGCAAUAUAUCCACCCAAAAUGAGAAUGCCCAUGCUUUAAAAAAAAAAAAAAAGUCAUGGCUUAAAAAUAUAUUCCUGAUUGGACUACUUCAAUUAGGCUUAUGAUCAACCAGGGAAGGGCUAAAUCUCGUUUGCCUUAAUUGCAUCUCUUCCUGAUGGUGAGGGGCCCCUCCUGUCCUGCCUCUCACUUCAUUUAAUGUACCUGCUGUUAUCAGAAGGCAUGUGGCAAGUCAGAGCAAUGUUUGGCCCAAUAUAUCAGGUUGCAGGGACACAGAAGAAACACUUCUCCAGUACUGAAACACUUCAAACCCCAAAGCUAACAGGGCCAGCUGAAUUCAUCUCCUACUCAGUACAACCCUGUGUGAUUGGCCAUGUGUGCAAGGAAUAGCCUGCAGAGUAGAACAACUGAAGAACAGCUGAAUUGAUCGUAUCUAAGUCUAUCUUUGAGGAUAUCGAAAAGAAAUCUGUAGGUGGGGAUGAAGUACGAGAACUUCUGAGCUGUUCUAGAAAGCUACAUUUCUAUGUAAAUCCAAGGGACGCUCGUAGUGAUAAUUCUGCAUUCAGUUUUGGAAUAUGGGUAGGCUGCUGCUGUAAACCGUGGAGCCAUGCCUGCCAGAUCCCGCAGCUGCGUGACCCAGUAGCUGCUAUCUUCACAAACAGGACCCACACUGUGCAAUGUCCAAGGCUUUGUGCUAUGACAUUUGGUUGUGAGAAGACAGCAUCGUCAUUACCCAUUGCAGCGCCACAUACAGUUACCCACGCAACCUGACUUGUGGCAUCUGAGUUUGUUCAGGUUUACCUCGUAACGACAAUGUUAUCUAACACAUCCUCCUCUGAUUGGUAUCAGCCCUCCUUCCUUUUCUCCUCCUGUUUGAGAUGUCUGGUUUUCUCAUUCCACUCCAAACUUUAAAAGACUGAUGAACCCUACCCUUUUAUUUCAAUUAAUUAGUUUUCAUGUUUAUUAAUGCAAACAUGUUAGAACACUUACCAUAGUGGAGAGACCCUUCUCUGCUCCUCUGCUCUCUCUCUCUUUCUCUAUCUCUUGCUCAGAACAUGGCAGGCAUAUCAGCCAUGUAAUGAGAGUUCUGAUUUGUGGGGAUCUUCUUCUAUUACUCCUGCUACCUUCAGUACUUUUACCCCUCAGUAACUUAUUUUGCAUUAUGUAAGUACUGUAAGUAGAAGGAAAACUAUAGCCAUAGCGGUAUCUGGUGAUUGUUUUUCCAGAUCCCAGUGCACUACAGUAAUCUUCUGUCGCUACGCAGCUGUUGUAUGAGCAGAAAGUUGUCCUUCAAGAGAACAUAGAAACCUCUCCACUUGCUCAAAAGCUAAAUAUGCAGCUAGUAAUUGCUUCAUGUUGUAUAUCUCAGCUUCAUCAGCAACCAUGUAGGAGGCUUUCACCACAUGGCAGCACUUCCAGGACACCAAGCCAAACAAGUUGGCGGGCAGAACGCCACGAGUUGAUCUUACUGUGGUGCGAUAAGAAGUGGGUUCUUAAGAUCACCUCAAGCCACUGUAAGCUAAUGCCUGUUGCUGAGAAAAGCUUCUCCUUGACCUCAGAUGUUUUCCUGGAAAUAAAGCCAAGAAUUAACUCCUUGCCCCAUGUGCUGGAUGCUGGAAGUGUGGCGGGUGGUGCUGUGUGAGUUCAGAGAUGCGGGGCUGGCCCGUGUAACACCUGGGCUGGGGCACCUGUGCCCACCCACCUGCACAGGUGUAUUUUGGAGAGGGACCCGCAGUGAGGUGUCCCAUGCAGAGCACAUGCAGUUCUACUGUCCAGAGCCACUUUGUUGGACUGCUUCUGCACAUCAGCACUGGUUCCUCACAAUGCCUGCCUCCUGAGCAUUGUAGCCUUGUGCUCUCAAGCACCAUUCACCAUCUCCAGUUGUGCUCCAUGCAGUUUUCUUGCCAACAGAAAUGCAAUCAAACCAGCUUCCUCCAACUUGUGCCUAAGCUCAAGGCUGUAGCUGACUGCCCCUCAUCUUCCUGUGGGAAGCCAUGAGCAGAGGCUUUUCUGUUCCUUAAAUUUCUCUCAAACUAUUACAAAUUAUUAUUGGUAAAGCAAGUAUAUAUGACAAAUAAUUACAUAUGGCCACAAGUAAAAAGAGUGUGUAAUUACGAUCAGUUGCUUAGAUGCAUGCCGAUAUACUUUUCUGUACUAUCUGUAAGCAGUCAAAAUCACUCCCAGGAUUGGUGCUCAUCAACGAUGGACAAAGUUGCUCUGAGAUGAUGAUCCAUAGUAUAGAGUCUGCAGCCAGCCAGGCACCCCCAGUGUGGCUCCUGUCCAUCCAGGCCUAUGCAGGUCACUUCACAGAGAAGGUCAUAGAGGGGAGCUCUCAGAAAGAUGCUACAUUUUGAGUAGAAUCCAAGACAGUUUUAUGUCAUUAGACAAAAGUGAGCGUAGGACACCACCAUCACCUGAGCAGCCAAUAGAUGCUGCUGACUUCUACAAUUCACCUGGAAUAGCCAAUAGACAAUGCUGUUUUCUAUUUUCCCUGAAUAGUUUUGACUUUUUCAAACUGCUUUUUCCAUUUUUCCAGCUUCAGCAAUCUAUAACUGUUGCCAAUUCCUACAUGUUCAGACUGUGUUCCACCCUUCUAGACACUAAGUUUGUCAUUGCAGUUUCAUGGUUUUGCACUUAGCAAGGCUAUCUCAGCCAUGCCAAGUUUGCAGGAACCCAGCUGCACUUCAAGGUGCCAGCUGUGCUUCUUACAGAUGCUCCUGGUUCUCAAGCCAGCAGACAUCUUCUGUCUUCAUGUUUCCCAUCACACUCAGAUUUAUUUACGGAUGCUUCUAUCAGCUGCGAUGGCCCAGAGGGAGACAACUAGCGGGAAGAAUCCCCUCCCUGGCAUGGCUCUCUCCACCCAUUCUCACGUCUCUCACUCCCAGUGCCCAGUACAUUCUGAGUGUUUGAGAGGAACACUGACUUUCUCCCAUCACACAGACAGGGUUGGGGAGCACGUCUCAGUCUUCAGCCAUCUCACAUGGAUCUGGAAGAUGUGCUCAGUUUUUCCCCAAACUGGCCAAGUUCUGACUCCACCUAAAGCUGGGAAAUACUGUUCUCCUUUCAGUAAGGCAGGAUAGGAACAGUUCCACCUCCACUCAUCUUUUCAAAGGAAGAGAUGCUACUGAACAAGUGGUUAAAGGCGACUAGCUUUUAAACUUCAGUCACCUAAGUACAGCCAGCUACAUCUUACAGACAAACUACAAUCGGAUGGUAAUUUGUUCUUAGUCUCAGGGAGCAUUUGACCAUCUGUGAAAUUCUGAAAGACAACUGUUUAAAAACAAGCUAUUAAAUCAGCACUAAUUCCUCACGUUACAGAACAGCUUGACAAAUCAAGGUCAAAUUUGACUGUAACUGUCAAAAGCAAGAGCUGUGCCACUUUCCACUGUGGUAAAAAGGCUGAAAAAAGAUCACAGCAACACUCUACUUAAGCCAGUUAAAACAAAGGUACAGGCAACCAAUGCAGUGCCAGCCUCCCCCAUGGACUCAUAUGUAUUUUAAAUUGUAUUAAUUUCCUGAUCACAACAUUCCCUGAGUGU